AUGCCUCCAAAAAAAGAAGAGAGAAAACCGCUGGAACCAAUGUUUCAAGUAAUCCCACCUUUUUAUGAAUAUAUUGAUUAUUCAAAUGAAUAAAUGGAGUAAUUGAAUGAAUAUCUAAAUUAUUUCAAACCUGAAUUGAGUACUAUGAUGAAAAAUAAUAUUUUCGAUAAUAUGGAAAUUUUAUGUUAAACAAUAGGGAUUGCUAUUCAUCCUUCAUUUAUUAAGUAAACUUAAAUGAUUGAUUUAAAUGAUUUUGAUGAGAAUACAAAAUUUAGAAAUCCUGAAGAACUUGAUGGAGAUUAAGUUCCUUAAAUGAUUCAAAUAAAUUCUGUAAUUUUGAUUGUUUAUAGUAAAAUAGAUAAGAAUAGAUCUUUAUACAUUAAAAUUAUUGGAUUAUUGUGCAGGUAUAAGUGGAUUGAGUACAAUAAAAAUGACAAAUAAUGGUUUAACAGCUCAAUAAUAUUAAUAAUUAGCUGGAACAAUCAAUAAUCCUGAGAAUAAAAUAAAAAAGUUGUUUAUUGAUUGGUAAUAAGUUAAUGAAAACUUUUUAUAAUAAAUGUAAUAGAUCGAAUUUUUAACUUUAAGAUCUUGUUAAUUAAGUAUAAUUAUAUUUAAGUAUAUUAUAGCAACAUAGUAAAUUUAGGCUCUAACAUUGAAUGUUCAAAAUUUAAAAUGCUUAGAUUUAUAUGAUAAUAAAUUAUCAAAAGAAUCUUUAAAUUUGUUAGGAAAGAUGUUAAGUUAAAAUAGUUUACUGGAAUAUCUUGGUUUAGCUAAAAAUGGAAUACAAUCUUUUGAUGAUUUAUAAGGAAUAACUUAAAAUAUAGGAAGAUUUCAAAUGAAUUAAGAAGAUUAUGAUGAAUAUAGAAUAAAAGAGAAGGAGAGAGAUGCAAUAAUUGAAAGAAAUAAAAAAGUAAAGAAAAAAGGAACUGAGGAAAUUGUGCCAUUCUUAGAACCAAUUUAAUAGAUUGAUAAUAAUUGGUAUUUGAUGAAGAAUUCAAGAUUAUGGUUGAUAAAUCUUUCAAUGAAUUAGAUUGAUGAUUAAUCUAGAGAUGCCUUAGAGAAAUUCUUACUGUAAACAGGAGAAAACUUUUAAUUAGUAUUGAUAGGAAAUAGAUUUGAUGACUAAAAGGCAUUAUAGAAAACAAAAAAGAAGUUUGGAAAGAAAUUAGUAUUAUGAU